AUUUAAGAAAAGUAAGUAUGAUAAAAGAAUACUAACCUAAAAUAUUUCGUAAAGAUUAAUUUACAUUGAGAUAUAAAGAUUUAGAGGAGAUAUACAAUGAAGAAAUGUCUCCUACUUAAAUUGAAUUAGGGUAUGAUACUGAGUUGCAACAAGUAAAAGAAAAGAUAAUAAAUAGACAGUAGUAGUUAAGCAUAUUGUAAAAGAGCAAUUAUUCAAUGACAUAUAAAGAAAAUAAGCUUUAAUGGAGUGUAAAGUACAUUCUGAAAUAAAAAAUGAUCAUUUAGUGGAAUUAUUUGAUUGUUUUUAAAAUGAAGAAGAAUAUACGUUAAUAUUGGAAUAUAUGAAUAACGCUAACUAUUUUAGGGAUAAAAUAGAAACAGUAAUAAAAUUUAUAUAUUAAUAUAUAAAGGAGUUAAAGAUAAUAUCAACAGAAGCAAAAAUGAAGUCUUACAUGUCUGAUGUAUUAGAGGGAUUAGACUACCUGCAUAAGCAAGGUAUUCUACCGAUUCUUGGCUAGGAUAUAUUCAUUGUGACAUUAAAUUAGAGAAUCUGUUCUGUGAAAAAUUGGAGGAUCAAGUUUUUAGAAAUGUAUUCAACUCUUUUAAUUAGGUUAAAUUAGGAGAUUUAGGAUUGGUGCAUAUAUAUGAUAUAAAUACAGGACAAGGUUUGAUGCCAGUUAAAUGUGGAACAGCUAAUUACAUAGCACCAGAAAUAACCAAUAAUGCUAUAGUGACUCCAAAAAUAGACAUAUGGUCACUUGGAAUUAUAUUAUAUACUAUGAGUUGUGGUUAUAAACCUACUCAAAUUCAAGGGUCGUUCAAUCUAUUAUUAUUUAUCUAGAUACAAGUAUACAUAAGGUCCCAUACCCUUUAGAAAAGUAGAUUGGAAAAAGAGAUCAAAAGAAUUAUAAAAUAUUAUAACAUUAAUGCUUGACAUGGAUCCUAAUUAAAGACCAUCUUGUCAAGAAUUAAUGUAACAUGCUUG